CCCCUGCCCCGCGCCGCGCCGCCCCGGUGCAGUCCGUCCGGCCGCCGCGGUGUGGAGGUCGAACGCACCCCGAGUGUUGCCAACAAUGGCGGCGUCCACGGAGUUACGGCUGGACACCCUGCCCUCAGACCCGCUGCUGCUCGUCCUGUCCUUCCUGGACUUCAGAGACCUGGUGCACUGCAGUUAUGUUAACAGGAGGCUGAACGAGCUGUCGGGUCACAAUCCGCUGUGGAAGAAUCUGUGCAGCAAACACUGGCUGCUGACAGAUGCGGACCGGCAGCAGAGGGGGGGGUCAUGGCGGGCUCUGUUCAGGCAGUACUACAGUGACCUGGGCCGCUACCUGCAGCACUACGCCCUGCUGAAGAGAGCCUGGGAGCAGCUCAAGGCCUUCCUGACGCUGCGCUGUCCACGCAUGAUCGCCUCGCUUAAAGAGGGAGCCAAGGAGGCGGAGCUUGAUGCUAUCGAGGCUCAGAUUGGCUGCAAGCUUCCUGACGACUACCGCUGCUCGUACCGCAUCCACAACGGCCAGAAGCUGGUGGUGCCGGGGCUGAUGGGCAGCAUGAGCCUGUCUAACCACUACCGCUCGGAGGACCUGCUGGACGUGGAGACGGCGGCCGGCGGCUUCCAGCAGAGGAAGGGGAUGAGAAACUGUCUCCCUCUCACCUUCUGCUUCCACACCGGCCUGAGUCAAUAUCUGGCUCUGGAGCCCACCGAGGGCCGCAACCUGUCUGACAUCUUCUACCACUGCCCGGACCAGAUGGCCCAGGAUCCUUCAGCCAUCGACAUGUUCAUCACUGGCUCCAGUUUCUCGGAGUGGUUCACCACCUACGUCAACAACGUCGUCACUGGAGAAUAUCCAAUCAUCAGAGACCAGAUCUUCAGGUAUGUCCAUGAUAAACAGUGUGUGGCGACGACCGGUGACAUCACCGUCUCUGUCUCCACCUCCUUCCUGCCGGAACUUUCCUCCGUCCAUCCGCCUCACUUCUUCUUCACCUACCGCAUCAGGAUAGAGAUGGCGAGCGACGCUCUGCCUGAGGCAGCCUGCCAGCUGGACAGCCGCUACUGGAAGAUCACCAACGCCAACGGCAACGUGGAGGAAGUGCGAGGGCCGGGCGUGGUCGGCGAGUUUCCUGUCAUGACUCCAGGGAAAGUGCACGAGUACGCCAGCUGCACCACCUUCUCCACCACCUCAGAGUUCAUGGAGGGCCACUACACCUUCCACAGGCUGGCCAAUAAGGAAGAGGUUUUCAACGUGGCCAUUCCUCGCUUCCACAUGGUCUGCCCGCCCUUCAGGGAGUCCGUGGUGCGAUCGCAGGGAAGAGCCAAUGACACGUCUCGGUUUGACAACGACGACUCGGGAGGCGACGACGGCGACGACUACGGAGACGGCGACCUGAGAGGAAUCAACAUGGCCGCCGAGGAGGGGGCGCGCUGCCCCCGACACAUCUGACCUCCGACCCCCGACAGGAAGUCCUGGUUGUGUGACUGACAGCAAGCCGCUUCGACCAAUCAGAGAGCUGCACUCACUCAGCCUCAAACCUCUCCCCCCACAAGGCCACUGGGUUGUUUUGUCACUGUUGUCAAGGCAACAGGGUGGCCUUGUCACUGUUGUCAAGGCAACCGGGUUGUUUUGUCACUGUUGUCAAGGCAACCGGGUGUUCUUGUCACUGUUGUCAAGGCAACAGGGUUCUUUUGUCACUGUUGUCAAGGCAACAGGGUGGCCUUGUCACUGUUGUCAAGGCAACCGGGUUGUUUUGUCACUGUUGUCAAGGCAACCGGGUGUUCUUGUCACUGUUGUCAAGGCAACCGGGUGUUCUUGUCAAUGUUGUCAAGGCAACCGGGUGUUCUUGUCACUGUUGUCAAGGCAACAGGGUUGUUUUGUCACUGUUGUCAAGGCAACAGGGUUGUUUUGUCACUGUUGUCAGGCAACCGGGUGUUCUUCUCACUGUUGUCAAGGCAACCGGGUGUUCUUGUCACGGUUGUCAAGGCAACAGGGUUGUUUUGUCACUGUUGUCAGGCAACCGGGUGUUGUUGUCACUGUUGUCAAGGCAACCGGGUGUUGUUGUCACUGUUGUCAAGGCAACCGGAUGUUUUUGUCACUGUCUUUCCGACCUGAGCGACUGACGGGUGUCGGCUCUGAACAGGAACAGGAAGUAGACACCAGGUGAAGCAGAACAGGAGCUGAACUUUUCCAAACGUCUCAGCAGUAAAAAAUGUGAAUUUCCAAAAGAGAAGUGGAGCCACAAACACUGGAGCAGAGCGGCGCUGGGAUGGAAGCCUCAGACAGGAAGUGGUGGACGGUGACAUCACCGGGCCAGCAGCUGACUUCCUGUUGUUUUUUUCUCAUCACAUGAAUGUCGGAGAAAUCCCACUUCCUGUGUAGCUUGUGAUGUCAGUCCUGGUGUCAGCCAAUCACAAUCAGAGGGAUCAUUUUUAUUGUAUUUUUAUUUUUUUCUGUCCUGGUGUCGGGCUUCCUGUGAUGUCACCGUCCACCUCCGACAGGUGAGAACGGGAGGGCCAAGGGGUCCCGAGCUCAACUUCCUGUGGGCGGGGUCGAGCGCAACUACUGCAUUCCAAAUCUUUCGAGAGCCAAUCAGGAGUCAGCAAGGCUCUGACGGGGCGGGCGCUUUGGUUUGGAUUUCUGUCGUUUUACUUUGUCAUAUCUUUACCUUUAUAGACUCGUAGCAUUUCUCCAAGUGGAGUUCAGAUGUCCAGAGGUCCCUGAAGGGGUCGCAGACGCCUGUCCUUUAACCCUGAUUGGUCAGAAAGAAAGGUGGAACAUUACUCUGAUUGAAAUAACACUGAAACAUAACCACAGUAAGCUACGCAGAGGAGAAACUCUGCGAUUGGUCAAAAAGAGUGACGGCCACUCCCUGAUUGGUCAAAAGAGAGGAGGAACCCCACUGUGAUUGGUCUGAAAAUAAUUAAGAAAGAGUGGAAACUCCUCUGUGAUUGGUCAAGAGAAGUAAAGUAUUAAUGCCUUCAAGUGUGACUCAAGUGUAAAUAUCAGGUAACCAUAGCAACCUGGAAAAACAAACAGCUGGGAAAGUCGGGCAGCGUCGCUGUUUCCGUUCCCGUGAGACCUUGAAGGCACCAUCAGUCCUCUUUCUGAUUGGUGGUUAAAAAAAGAAAGAUAACUGGUUGGAGGAGGAGGCCCGCUCUGAUUGGCUGUAGCUCGCAGCUGAUUGGCUGUCGUGUGUGUACUGAUGCGUGUGAGCCGGUUUGACCUUCAUGAAGCUGAACAUUAUUUUGGGAGGAACGUUGUGUCACUUCCUGUUUUCAUUUUUUUUUUUUUUUUUUUUUUAGGGGAACUGAGCCUCAGCUCUGAUUGGUGUUUAUCCAGGAAGUGAAGCUGUUUAUUCUUAUUGUUGUUUUGUUUGUUUGUUUUUUUUUUUUUU